AAAUAAAAGCGGAAAAAGCGAAUAUGCUUUGCUCUCUUCCUCAGCCAAAAGCUCAACUAUUCCUUCCUCUCUCUCUCUCUCUCUCUCUCUCUCCCUGCUCUUGCUCUUUCUUUCUUUGAUCAUCCAUCUUCUUCACCAACUCAAUUUUCUUUCCUUUUCCUACUCCUGUUGCGAUUUUCUCUAGUUUUUUUUUUUUCUUCCAAUUUCAUACACCAAUGGAGCUUUUUCACCUGCUCUUCCUGACUGCCUCUCUUGCUCUUCUCCUCCCUUUCCUCGUCGCUAAGUUCCUUUCCAUUGCUUUUCCUGAUGACGCUGGUCCCCCCCACUCGCUCUCUAAAUCUGCUCCAAUCGUUGGUGAGCCGAUUGUUAUGGAUGAUAUACGAUCAUUCCGAGAUAGAUUGACCGUUCCGGUUUCCGAGAGCGUUACGAAGAACGUCCAUGAAUUCCUCGACGAAGCGCCUCCGGUGAAGGUCGCUGAAUUUGAAGGACUACAGGUUCCGGCCGAGGAGAUCGUGGAAAUUACUCAUCGCUGUCAUGACUUGCCGGAAAAGUUACCCGAGUGUGGUUUGCAAGAAGAACCCGACGUCGACAAGUUCCCGGAGACAGUUGGAUUCCCGGAUAAGCUGUCGGAGGAAAAUAUAGAGGAUUCGGCUAGUGUAAAAGAGAUCUUAGAGAACAGAGUGGGCUUUGAGUUGGCAGCAAACAAUGAAGUUGUUGCUGAAUCUGAGGAGAUUAAUCGGGUUGAGGACUGUGAAGUAAAGGAAACAAAUGAAGAGAAGGAGGUGAGGUUUGAUAGCGACGAGGAUGAUUGGGAAGGGAUUGAAAGGACUGAUUUGGAGAAGGCUUUCGCGGCGGCCGCCACUUUCGUUCUUGAGUCGUCAUCAGGGGAUAAUGAGGAUCCUUUGGCGAUGGCAGGUGUUGGGACUGAUUUGCAGAUGGAGUUGUACGGGCUUCACAGGAUUGCCACCGAAGGGCCUUGCCGCGACCCUCAGCCUAUGGCUCUCAAGUUCUUUUCCCGUGCCAAGUGGAAUGCUUGGCAAAGGCUGGGGCGAAUGAGUCCAGAGGUGGCAAUGGAACAGUAUAUCAAAAUUCUCUCUGAUAAAGUUCCUGCCUGGAUGGAAGGCGGAUUUGCAGGUGGCAUUAGACCUGAACCCACAGAAGCAGGAAUAUCCACCUUUGCUGUUGACUUGAGCACAUUUUCAUUUCAUCAACCUAGUGAUGUUGAUGAAAGGAAACCAGAACAGAAGGCUGGAGCUGAGGGAGGUUGUAGUAGUGGGGGCCCAAACUCUGAUUACAAGGCCAAAGAAUGACAGAACUGCUCUGACCUCCCCAACCGCAGUGGUCAUUCUCCUGGAUUUGCUUGACUAGAUGCAGGUCUGAUUUUAAUCUCCAAGUCUAGAAUAAGCUUACAGUCUGAGAGGUUCUUCAUUCUUGUGUUGUUUACGCUUACCAUUUAUGUGUGUCCUGGGUUCAUCAUGAUGUUGUGUUCUUAUAAAACAUAUGUUAUGUAUGUAUUGUGCAUAUGUUAUGGGUGUGAAUAUAAUUAUCUCUGGUUCCUAAGAUUCAUUA